AUGGCCCACAUGCCUUGGUCCUCUCCAUCACUCUCAGCAUCGGGUGCCAAAUGCCUGGUGGGUACACUGGUCCGAUGGGACCCCGAUACCCGCAAGGCCAGCGACCCACUGGAUGUCUAUAGCAGCGACGAAGUCUACAUCGGACGAGAUAAGAAAAACUGGUACUUCAAGUUUGAUAUAGAGAAUAUGCAUAAUCCUUUCGUGUCCAACAAGCACCUCCGUAUCUACUCCAUCCUGUUUGACCAGGAAAACCCGCAGGAGGUUCCACCCUUGGUGUAUGCCCAGGACCUGUCCAUGAAUGGGACAUUGUGGAAUGAGUACCCGAUGGGCAAAGCCAAUGGCAGUUUCCUGCUCAGCGAUGGCGAUGUCCUCCGAGUCACAGCGGGUGUUUACCUUCGGUUUCGCUCGGCUGGCUACUCAGAAGAAAAUCGAAUGAGCUACCUGCAGCGCAUCGAGAUGCAAGAAUUCAAGGACCGCUAUGUAAUUACCCAGCGCCUCUUAGGCUCUGGCGCCUAUGGACGUGUCCAUAUGGCCUUCAAGAGGGAGAGUGGCCAGCAGUUGGCUUGCAAGAUUGUUGAUCUUCAAUCCCUGAAAGCCAAAGCCAUUGCACACAUGGACGAAGAGCAAAAGUCCAAAUUCUUCGCAGGCCGUGCUAAAUCCACACCGAAAGAUGUCGUUGCAUUACGUAGAGACAGUCUUCAAGAGACAGCCAUUUGCAACCGAACCGAACUCUACCAGCGAGAGGCAUUAAUUCUGGCGAAACUUUCUCAUCUCGUGACUGCAGGUGACCUCUUCUCCUUCAUCAGUUACAAAGGAGGAAGACUCGAGGACGACGCAGCGGCCAUGAUCAUUCACCAGAUCCUGUUUGCACUGGAAUAUCUGCAUGACCAAAACAUCGUGCAUCGAGAUUUGAAGCCAGACAACAUUCUCAUGACCUCGCUUGCGGAUGGAGGCAGAGUUGUUCUCACAGACUUUGGAUGUGCCCGACUGGUGAAUCUGCCUGCCCAGCGCAUGUCGACCAUAGUUGGCACCAUGGAAUACUGCGCACCGUAA